UAGCAAUAUCCACCAGUAGCCUUGAUGUCAUAGAGUGAGCCAGUUCUUAGUUUUAUAAUAUUCAAUUUUUUAGCAAAAUCAUGUGUUUUGUUCAGUGAUUGUCUAGUUUUGCUUAGGUACUAGAUUCGUGUCAAAUGACACGAUAAAAUAUGAUGGCUCCAAAUACCGAAGAAAAGAAACCAGUUAGUCUUCUGCCCAUGGACUUGGCUGAGACUAAUAACGGAAAAACUGACCUCAAGUGGUACCCUGUAUUACAAAAAUUACUAGCAAUACUAAUUAUAAUUUUAUUUGCUGUUGGAUUUUAUAUUUUGAUAAUAAGGCUUCUACAAAAUGAUGACAACAUUCACAAUACAGAAAUUAUUGUCGUCUCAGCACUACGUGAAGGACAAAACAUGUCAAUUUUACAAGACAAAAUGGAAAUAUUUUUCCAAUUAAAUAAUAAAACAUUUUCUAACAAACGAAAAAAAAGAGAAACCAUCUCAGUGCCUAAAAAUACUGCAGGUCAUACCAGAACAAGUAAUCAAAUAAAAUUUAAAGAUAAUGAAAUACAAAGGCUACGUAAAUUGAUGUCGGAACACGAUGUUUUAUGUAAUGAAGAAAGUCAUAAAGAAGCUUGCAAAGAACUAGUAAUGAAAAUAAAAUUGCUUACGGAAAACAGUUUUACAGGUCAUGUUGAUAAUAAUAAUGGUGACUUAGAUACAAAAAAUACUGUAGGAGCAAAUAAUGAAAAUAAAUCCGAUGAAAACACUGCAGAUAUAUCAAAACGAGAAACAGCUUAUAAUUUGGUGAGGCCGACGAAAAGUGUGACGAUGGAAAGGGACACAGACUCUUUUGGGAUUCCUAACCAAAUAAGUCAUCCACAUUUAGCUACUUUUCCACGUGAAUCACGUAAUUCACAAUUAACAGAUACAUGUUUAUUAGCACGUCUCAUGAGACAGAGUUUUCCAGAUUUGCAAGGUGUAUACGACAAUCCACAGUUAGACUAUCAAUCACAAAUAUCGCCGUACUCUUCAAGACAUGUUCCAUCAAGUUACUACUCUUCUCAUAAUCAGGAUCGCGAAGUUGAUUCACACAAACAUAAACCACAUCCUCAAGAUAUUGCAAUUGCUAUGCGAUUUAUAGAACCCAAGCACGAUAAUAUCACUACUAAAGAUGCAUCAGUAAAUUUUUCUGUUAAUGAAGUUGAAUGUCCUGUUGGCACUAUUUCCUGUAACGAUGGCAGUGCCUGUGUUGAAGAGAAACAGUGGUGCGACGGAAAAGUAGAUUGUAGUGACGUGAGCGAUGAAGCACGAUGCACAUGCAAAUCAAGAGUAGAUGUCGCAAGAAUAUGUGACGGCUAUUUUGAUUGUCCAUUUGGUGAAGAUGAAAUGGGUUGUUUUGGUUGUAGUGAAAGCACAUUUAGCUGUGAAGAUGUAAACUCUCAUGAAGACUCAAGAAGUACGUGUUUUUCCAAAGAACAAAGAUGUAACAACAUAGUUGAUUGCCCAAACCAUAAAGAUGAAAUUGAUUGCAGUAUGCUAGCGCCUAGUUUACAUAAGAAGCCUCUUUUUGCAAUAUCCAACACAGAGGGUUUUCUACUUAGAAAUUAUAAAGGAACCUGGUAUGCAGUUUGUGAUAACCCCUAUAUGUGGGCCCACGAUGCUUGUCGCCGUGAAACGGGGCUAAUAAUAAGGCCGCCUUUUAUUCAAGUCUUGUCGAUCGAUCCACUACUAAAGGUUGACUAUAUAAGCACUGUUCCUGGAGGAUUAAUUCAUACGAGCAACACGUGUCUUAACUCCUCUGCUGUAUAUGUCACAUGUCCUGAUUUGCUAUGUGGAACGAGGAUGCUCACCCCAUCACAGCUAAUAAAAGAGGACGCUGCAAUAGAAAGUCGUCUCUUCGGUCGUAAUAAAAGAUUUCUUCUCCCAUAUCCUGCCAUAUUUUACGGCGGCCGAGUGAAGAGAUACGUUACAAAUAAAAACGCAAACUCUGAUUUGAUUUUUAAAUAUUUAAGUAAAGGCAGGGUUGAUGAAACAAGGAAUAAGAGGUCAGAGGGUAGAGUUGUAGGUGGUAAGCCAAGUCAGCCGACAGCAUGGCCAUGGAUGGUUGCAUUAUACAGAGAUGGAAUGUUUCAUUGCGGAGGAGUUAUUAUUAAUCAAAAUUGGAUCAUGACAGCAGCGCACUGUGUUCAUAAAUUUUGGCAACACUAUUACGAAGUGCAAGUUGGUAUGCUGCGUCGUUUUUCAUUUUCACCUCAAGAGCAAAACCAUCGUGUAACUCACAUAAUUGUCAAUCAGAAUUAUAAUCAAGAGAAUAUGAAAAACGAUCUUUCUCUAUUAAGAGUUAAACCUGGUAUACAGUUCAGUCGAUGGGCGAGGCCAAUUUGUUUGCCAAGCCGUGAGGUGGCUGGUAGUGACUGGAAAUGGGGACCGGCAGCUGGAACCAUUUGCACUGCUGUAGGCUGGGGAGCCACUGAAGAGAGGGGACCUGAUCCUGACCACAUGCAUGAAGUAGAAGUUCCUAUCUGGGAGCGUUGUAAACACGAAGAAGAUCAAUCUGGAAAAGAAAUAUGUGCAGGUCUAAUGGAAGGGGGAAAGGAUGCGUGUCAAGGCGAUAGUGGUGGUCCACUAUUGUGUAGAAAUCCUAUAAAUACACAACAGUGGUAUGUGGCAGGAAUUGUAAGCCAUGGUGAUGGGUGUGGCAGGAAAGACGAGCCUGGUGUUUACACGAGAGUCAGUUUAUUUGUACCCUGGAUAAAGUAUCAUAUUUCUUCAAAAAGAUUACCUGUAAUACAGCCAAAGCAAGAGUGUCCGGGUUUUAGAUGUGAUUCGGGAAUAUUAAAAUGCUUACCUAAAAAAAGAAUGUGUGAUAAAAUAAUAGAUUGCCUUGAUGGUGAAGAUGAACUGAACUGUGAUGUCGAUACGUUAUUAGAACAACCCGAAAAAAGUUUGAUCGAAGAAAAUCCACCUCUUACGAGAAAAGUCAGUGAAAAAUCAAACGAAAAUAAAUCAAAAGAAAAGGAGAAAAAUGAUAACUCUGCAUCAUCUGAAAAAAACAGCAUAGAAGAUACUAAAAAACUUAUUAAAAUAACUACAGAUAAGUCACAAUCUACAAGUUUAUUUGAUGAUUCAAAAGAGCUCAGUAACGAAGAAAAUUUUCAAAUUGAAAGCACGACUUUAUUCAACGGCCUUCUUGAGAACUCUACAGUAGCGCAUAACAUCCUAAAACUAGUGACAGACCUAGAUACAAGCGCCAAUGAUUUAAAAUAUGCUUCUACUGUAGAAUUUUCAAAUAUAGAUUAUUCACAGGAAGUUGGCAAAGAAGAAAAUGUUGAUGAAAAUAUUACUUUAGAUCCAAUUAAUUUUUCAACAAAUGAGGAGCCAGAACAACAUUCAGUAAAAAUAGAUACCUCUAAAUAUCCAUUGCAAUCAAUGUCGUCGAUCGUUGAAAACAACUCAUAUGAAGUGAUUAAAAAAGAGAUGUCUGAAGAUAAUAAGCUAAUGACAACGACUGUGGUAACACAUUCAUCGCUAAGUACACUGGCACAUUCUAAUGAUCCAACAACGACAGAUAAUUAUGAAUUUAGUAAUAAUCUGGAGCAUCCCUUACAUAAUAUAGAAAGUGACAAAAUUAAAACAACUAAUGAGUCUCAUGAAUUAAUCGUAGAACUUUUGCCACAUUCUAAUUUCAUUAGUGAUGAUAUAAAAAAUACACAAUCAGAAAAUCAUAGACAUGAUCAGGAAUUAUCGGUAACAAAUCAUGUAGAGAAUAAUACCGAUGCCUCAAAACGUCUGGACUCUAAAGACAGUAUUAUUAAGAUAGAGGAUAUAACAUUUUUAGAGCUGGAACCGGCGAAAAUAAGAAAAAAGCAUUUGACACCAUUGGAAUUCCAAUGUGGGCGUAUUUACCAAAUUGUGCCCUAUGCUACUCGUUGUGAUCAUAAAGCAGAUUGUGAAGAUGGAACUGAUGAAUUAGAUUGUGCAUGCUUAGACUAUUUAACAAACUAUGACAGUAAGUUGAUAUGUGAUGGAAACUUUGACUGUGCUGAUGGACAAGACGAAAUUGAUUGUUUUACGUGUGAGGAAAAUCAUUUUCUAUGUAAACGUAGUCAAAUUUGCUUGGAUAUGAAAUACAUUUGUGAUGGGACACCUCAAUGCCCACUAGGAGAGGACGAAUUAGAUUGUUUCACUUUAUCAAAUGGAAAACAUAUUAUACAUGAUCCAAAUGGCAGACCGCAGGUCAAUUUGGAAGGAUAUAUAACGAAAAAGCUUGUCAAUAAUAAUGAUUGGCAAAUAGUGUGUGAAAAAGAUAUGCCAAUUAAAACACAAGAGGAAUCCGCUAAUCAUAUUUGUCGCUAUCUUGGUUUUAGUGCCGCUAAUAGAUAUUUAAUGAAGUACAUUAAUAUGAAAGAUAGUGCGGUAAGUUCUGUAGGAGAUUACAAAAAAAACAAACGGGAUAUUGAUACAAAAAUUCCGGUACAGUUUACGUUUAAAACUGAAAAUAGUAAUAAUUCGCAUAAAAACAUUAUUAUUAAUGAACCUGAAAUAAUUAAGGAAGAAUGUGUACCUAACAUUACGAAAACUUGUAUGACACUUUACGUAUACUGUGACCAUUCUUUGUUUACACAUUUUGAUGUAACUCAAGAUCUUCGCACCAGUAAAAAUAUGGGAGACGAUUCUUUAUUUAUGUGGCCAUGGAUCGCCAAAUUAUAUGUGGAUGGAAAGUAUAAAUGUACGGGUGUAUUAGUAGAUUUGUCUUGGGUUUUAAUCAGUCACUAUUGUCUUCAAAGUUACACUUUGAGCCAUCACUAUAUAUCCAUUGUACUUGGAUCACAUUAUACACUAGAUUCUACGAUAGGUCCAUAUGAACAAGUUUAUCAAGUCGAUGCAAAGAAAGAUUUAUAUCGAAGUAAAGUUAUCCUCCUUCAUUUGAAAGAGCCUGCACAAUAUACUGUUAUGGUAAAGCCAAUGGUCGUCAUGUCUUCAUUUUCUGAAGACACGAAAAAUACAAUAUGUGUGACCGUUGGACAGACUAAAAAUAAUAAAACAUUUAAUGUGUUCCUAAAAGAAACAGACGAUUGCGAUUUACACAACCGAUGUUUUAUUCGACAAAGGAACGAGAGCACAUGCUAUUUGGACGCGGACUCUCAAUGGGCUGGAAUAAUUAGUUGUCAUACGAAGCAAGGAUGGUACCCAGCAGCAUCCUUUGUAGAAAAGGACAUCAAUUGUGCUAAUCGAAUAGUUGGUACAGAUAUUGGGAAUCUCAAACACGAAAUUAAAUAUUACGAAGAAAAACCCUUAUCAAAUUCCUUGGAAGAAAAUCUACUCGAUGACUGUGAAGGUACUCGAUGUCAAAGAGGCAAGUGUGUGGAGUUACAAAAUGUUUGUGAUGGAGUCACAGACUGUGAAGAUGCCACCGAUGAGUCCAAGGAAUCCUGUAGAAAAAAACACGAUAUUUGUACGCACGACCCUCUUCAUCGUGGAUGUGAAUGUCCAGUUGGCCAAUUAAAAUGUUACAAUGGCCGGUGUAUUCUAAAAGAGUUGUUCAAAGAUGGUCACGACGAUUGUGGAGACGGCACCGAUGAGCCCGGACAUACCAAAUGUUCAGACUAUCUCAGACGUGUGAUGCCGUCGAGGCUUUGUGAUGGAAUCCUGCACUGUCAUGACCGAAGUGAUGAAGAUCCGAUGUUCUGUAAAUGUCAUGCGAAAAAAGGAUUUAAGUGUACAGCAUCAUCUACGCACAUGGAAGAUUACUGCGUCGCAUUUGACAUGGUGUGCGAUGGUAUGCGUGAUUGUCCAAAUGGUGAAGACGAGAAGAAUUGUAUUGGUCUGAUUGCACCUAGAGGAACUCCACAUGGCACGGGAGAAGUGGCAAUACGGUCUCACGGAGUGUGGCACUCGAAAUGUUAUCCUACACAGAACCACACCAGAUCCCAAUUAGAAGCCAUUUGUCGAGAAGUCGGCUUCAUCAGUGGUCACGCGAAACAACUGCCAACUCUGGGAGUUCCUCAUCAACACAACAAAGUUGUUGUUGAUACAUUUUCGGAUAUAGCACUCAACAACAACACUAAUAUCAAGUUAAGGAACAGUAAUGCGCCUAUAGCUCGAACAGUUGUUGAAGAAAAUGAGAAUUGCUAUCCAGUUUUUAUAGAAUGCCUGUAGCGUUAGUAGUCAUAAUGUGCUACUGCUAGCAAUCAGAAUUAGAAAUAAAAUUAAGUAAUAAUAAGAGUACGAAAUAAAAUAAGUAUUUUAAUUAUAA